UUAUCUAACACCCCUGGCCAGGGGCGGUAUCAUUGACACGGUAUCGUUUUACUAAAAGAGUCAAAGCUGAAGAGACGAGCUUGAGGCGCUGAAGAAAAAGAGACGUUGCAAAGGAGGCUUGCUGGGGAAGCCUUCGGGUGUCCAUAAAUCUGAAAAGAAGCAGAAAAAGAGCCGCGGUCGAAAAAGGGGAUGCAAGCCGAGAAAAGGAGGUGCUGGGAAUUGACUAGGCUUUCUAUUUGAGGAAGAGAGUUCAUCCAAAAAGAAGAAAGCCUAGGGGAAUUUGAGGGUGACAUUGAGAAGAAAAAACUAGAAGCCAAGUGGAGCCGAGAGAGAAAGGAAGAAACUCUAGAGGAAGGAGGGGAUUAUUUCUUCUUCUCUUGUGAGAUUUGAUGUUUAAUGAAGUUCCGCUUUGAUGAUCUGGAUAUUGGCCCUUGAGGGAGAUGCAUAGAAUAACCCAGAAACCUUCUUAUCGUCAGGUAGGAAAGUAACAUGCAUUCCCCAAAGCAAGAUCGUACCAAUCUCCUCAAGCAAAGCAUCAACGGCAUCAGUUUAGACCCAUCCUCUGAUAUAAGUUUGAUAAACCCUCCUGAUUAUUCUACUGCUAAGUUAGAAUCUUCUUCUUCUUUCCUAGAUCCUAUGGAUUUUAACCCUAGAAGGUAUCAGAUGAAGGUGUAUGAGGUUGCAAGAAAGAGGAAUACAAUAGCAGUGUUGGAAACAGGAAGUGGAAAGACUAUGAUUGCUGUGAUGUUGAUUAAAGAAAUUAGUCAAAUCGUUAAGUCAAGUGGCGUCAAAAAGUUGAUUAUUUUCUUAGCCCCUACUGUUAAUCUUGUUAAUCAGCAAUACGAGGUUAUUAAAGUUCAUACAAAUUUGGAUGUGGGAGAGUAUUAUGGAGCCAAGAGGGUUGAUGAAUGGAGUUUGAAGUCCUGGGAAAAAGAAUUAAAUGAGCAUGAUGUUCUAGUUAUGACACCCCAGGUUCUCUUGGAUGUGUUGAGGAAGGCAUUCUUGCAUCUAGAAACAGUAUGCUUUCUCAUAAUAGAUGAGUGCCAUCGUGCCACUGGUAAUCAUCCAUAUGCAAGAAUAAUGAAGGAAUUUUACCACAAAUGUAAUAAUAAGCCAAAGAUAUUUGGGAUGACAGCAUCACCUGUAGUUAGAAGAGGUGUUUCAUCUGCCAUGGACUGUGAAAAUCAAAUGUCAGAACUUGAAUGCCUCUUGGACUCCCAGAUUUACACAAUCGAAGAUAGGACAGAGAUGGAAGUAUUUGUUCCUUCGGCAAAAGAAAUUUAUUUAUUUUAUGAUAAAUCACAAUUUUCAAGUUCAGAUUUGAAAGAAAAAAUUGAAGCUUCCUUCUCCAAGUUUGAUGCUUCAAUGUUAAAUUUGCAAAAGUCACCCGAAAACUUUUAUAAGGACAUCGAUGAUAAAUUGAAAGCACUGCAGAAGCGAUUAUCCAAUGAUCAUGCGAAGAUUUUAUAUUGCCUUGAUGAUCUUGGUCUAAUAUGUGCUCAUGAGGUAUGGUUGUUUUCUCAAUAA